AUCCGAGAACGUAUCCGCCAACGAAGCUCGAGGAUACUGUCACUCCUGGGUCUCCGAAGCCCUGCUCAAGGACUGAAAGCAGUGGCAGCCCACGACGCAGAUGGCCUGCGAAUAGUCGAGGAUGACCGCGUCCCAUUACAGACCUUCCACUCUUUCCCUGCUCCUGUCGAAAUUGGACAGAAUGAAGAGCAAUCCGGUCGGAUGGCAGUUCUUGAUGGGCCUCCGGAUUUGUCUGAAAGAUCUAGUUCGACUGGCAUCAUUGAUUCCAGCCCCAAUCACAUUCCAGAGUCAACCAAAAAUCGAUUAUCGGAAGUCUUGAAGCGAAGUCAGUCGACACCGGCGGCACUCACACAUAUUGUGUCAACCAAGCUAUCGACCACUUUUGGAAACCCUACGGUCAUCCGUCGUUCACAUCUUCGCUCGCGGCCUAGUUUUCGGCUUCCUCAGUUUCCAGGGCCUUCACUUGCCCCUGCAUUGGACAAGCAAGGCGACAGUGCUCAGGAUAGCUCCGAUCCCCAAACCUCACCGGAAGACAGUGUGUCCCCGACUAGCACGCGCUCCACCCCUCAGACAACUCCUCCCACGACUCCUCCCACAUCAGAAGAGCCAUCAGGAGGCUCGAAGCAAGGCAUUCUAGGUGCCGAGCAGGCGAAGCAAACAACGCCACCUUCUGGCAGCGACGAGGGUACACAUACUCAAGUGAUCGAAGGCUCACUCGGUCGGUCGCCCUCGAUCAUCACAGUAGAGGCCGCUGCCAAUGCAAAGGUCUUCUUCGAAACAUACUUCAACUCAGUGUUUUGUGGGACGGAUCUCCGCUCGCAGCGCCAGCACGAGCUUGAGCAGUAUAUUUAUGGCCUUCCCUUGGCUCCCGAAGAAAGGGCGAGAGUUUGGGAGAACUGGAUCACACAGGAACGGCAAUAUCUGCGCCAAUGCCGUGUUCUCAAAAGUCACUCUCAUUGUGGCCGACAGGACGAGACAGUAUCUCUCGCCGGAUUUGAAGCAAUCAAGGUUCUAGGAAGGGGGAGCUUUGGAGUUGUGAGGCUGGUCAGAGAGAAGAAAGUAGCAGAAAGUGACAGUAUUGAUGCACUUGGGGAGAAGCAUUCGUUUUGCAGAGGAGAGCUAGCAAAGCUCAAAACUCGGUCUAUCUCUGUCAUAGACGGGACCACAAGCACACGUCGGAGGAUGAUGGUAGGGGUCAAGAAGGAUGUAUUUGCGAUGAAAGUGAUCAGAAAAUCUGCAAUGAUACGCAACAGCCAAGAAGGUCAUCUCCGAGCCGAACGAGACUUUCUUGUUGCAUCGGCCAAAUCUCGCUGGAUCGUGCCAUUGAUCGCGAGCUUCCAGGAUCGCGAUCGUUUGUAUCUUAUCAUGGACUACAUGGUCGGUGGCGACUUCCUGGGAUUGCUAAUGCGCCAGUGCAUCUUGCCUGAAGAAAUCACGCGAUGGUAUGUUGCAGAGAUGAUUCUGUGUAUCGAAGAAGCCCAUCGGCUGUGUUGGAUUCAUCGCGAUGUCAAGCCCGACAAUUUCCUCAUAUCUGCGUCCGGCCAUUUGAAGAUAUCCGACUUUGGCCUAGCCUUCGACGGACAUUGGGCCCAUGAUCAAGUAUAUUACAAUGAGCAGCGAUACUCCCUGCUCAGGAAACUGGGGAUUCAAGUGGCCGGAGAUUCACAGGACAGAAAGGAAGCCCGCAAGCCGGCGAAGGCAUCAUUCCAUGAAUUCGGUCCUGGAGCUGAAACUGACUGCACACCACCCCCCAUGGGCCUGCUUGGAUGGCGUGACCGUACUCAGAAGCGGCGUUUGGCCGCAAGCGUCGUUGGAACCAACCAAUACAUGGCACCAGAGGUUGUUCGGGGUGAGCUAUAUGACGGCCGAUGCGACUGGUGGAGUAUUGGCAUCAUACUAUACGAGUGUCUCUACGGCUUCACGCCCUUUGCUUCGCACGAUCGUCAGAAGACCAAGAUGAAGAUCCAUCAUCACCACGAGACACUCUGUUUUCCUGCUAGUAGAGCGUCAGACAAGAGGGUUUCGUCUGACGCCAUUGAUCUUAUCAAUUAUCUACUUCAAGAAAAGGAGCAUCGUCUGUCGUCAAGCAAGUACAAAAUCAAUGACUCUCUGAGCUCUCGAUUACCAUCUCGACAUUUCUUCUAUAACAUGGACCCACGCAAUCGAAACUACAAGGGCUUUUACGUCUUCCCAAACGACGCAACAGAUAUAAAGAUUCAUCCUUUCUUCCGCAACAUUAAGUGGGACGAGAUUCAUCAGUCAAUUCCUCCAUUUAUCCCCAAAGUGAAAGGCUGGGAAGAUACCAGGUACUUUGACGAUGCAGGAUACGAGGGCGACCACGAUGAUAUCUCCAUUAUGUCAGAUCCUGACCACCCGGAAGACGAUAGUGAGAUCGAUGAGCCGGUGCCAGCUAAAGCCGAAGCUCCCCUGCCCCAGGAUGCAAGUCGACAUCCCGCACCAGGUCCAGGUCCAGGAGGAAAAGCCUCUCCACACAAGGAUCGCAAGAGAAAGGAGCGGAAACGCCCGCGGGACAAGCUUCUGCGUGACCGGCAAAUGCGGAGAACGGUGCUUGAGAUGCGCAAGAAAGGGGCAUUCCUGGGUUACACCUAUCGACGUCCCAAGUCUGUGGCCGUAGCCUUGACUCCUGAUCGGGGUCGUCACCGUUCGGGGCGAGGCCAGCUGUCGGAAUUAUAUGGCUCGUAGCAUCGUUGGCUGGGUAUUCUUUACUUCAUGGACCUCGGGAAUCAAGCGCGACGAAUGUACACGAAAGGCUCAC